CCCGGCCCCGCUGCCAGACCCCGCUCCCGGCCCCGCUGCCCUCCCUGUGGGUCCCGGGAGGCUGCCCCGAGCCCCGGGAAAGCCCGAGCGAGCCUGAGGGGAGGCGGGGGCGGCGAGAGCGCUCGGCGUCUCGCUGGCUGUGGGUCGAGCUGCGAGUUAUUAAUGUCCCUUUUUGUUUCGGUGUUGUAGGGCAGGAUGGCUUCUGUUGAAAGGGAGACACUGUCCCAAGAGGAACUCCGGAAAAGGCUGUAUCAGACAUUUAAGAACCGAGGCGUACUGGACACACUUAAGACACAGCUCCGAAAUCAGCUAAUCCAUGAACUAAUGCACCCAAUUUUGAGUGGAGAACUUCARCCACAGAUGGUUCCAAGUGAAGACAGUUCACUUUUGAUCACUGCUUCCAACAGUUUGGUGGCAGAUCAUCUACAGAGAUGUGGCUAYGAGUAUUCCCUUUCUGUUUUCUUUCCAGAAAGUGGAUUAGAGAAAAAGAAGACUUCAGGAACUCAGAAGGAAAACAAAGGUUUUCUUAUGCAAGUUUUAAAUGGACUUACAGAACAUCAUCUGAAUAGAGAAACUCAUAACAUAGRAACUCAGACCACCUCAGUGCCUCCUUACAGAGAAUCUCUUGCUGAGAAGCUUCAGAUGAUUGAUGAGCAGUUUGCAGACUCUUAUCCUCAGCAUCAGAAAUAUGARUCUUUAGAAGUAAAACUUAAUGAAUAUAGAAAAGAAAUAGAGAAGCAGCUUCAAGAAGAAAUGCAUCAAAAGCUKGAACAUUUUAAAGAAGUUGAAAUAGCAAAGAUUAAAAUGGAGGAGAAAGUGCAGACGCAGAAAGAAAUCUCUGAGCUGCGCCAUGAGUUAGARAAGACACAUCAGGCAAAGUCUGAAGCCUUGAUUUCUCGUGAAAAGAAUGCUAUUGAGAGGCUUCAAAAGCAACAAGAGAUAGAAGCAAAGGAAGUGUAUGCUCAGAGACAGAGUCUACUGAAAGAUAUUGAAGCCAUAAGGACCAGGGAGGCAGAACUGAAGCAAAGGAUGGAGGYAUUUGAAAUCACCCAGAAAGUUCAGGAGGAGAAAAAUAAAGCUAUAGAUGAUGCACUUCGGCGUCGUGAAGUUGCUGUGAAGAACAUAGAGGAGACWUACGACCAAAAGCUGAAGACAGAACUCUUAAAGUAUCAGCUUGAAUUAAAAGAAGAAUACAUAGCCAGAACCAAUAAAGUUACUGAAGAUGAGAAAAAAAAUAAAGAGAAAGCUAUGCUUUUGCAUGAAGAAGCCRUUGCUGUUAAUUCAAAAAAGGAGGAACUCAAGCAAGCUGUAUCACGCACGAAAGAGCUUGAGCUGGAUUUGGAGUCAGUGAAGGCCCAGAUUAUGUUGGUAAAUAAACAGAAUCAGUUGUUGACAGAAAAACUGAAAGAGGUGUCAGACUAUCCUUURCUAAAAGAGGAGAAAUUGGAGCUCCAAGUGCAGAAUAAACUACUUAGGCAACAGUUGGAUGAGACUCGCAGUGAGAACCAGCAUCUUCGAGACAAGCUGUCCCAGCCUUCAGCAGAGUACCUGGCCUGCCAAGUGGAGCUGAAGAGAGUGGAGCAUUCUAGGAAGCUGAUGCAGGAUGAAUUUGAAAGUCAUAAGCAGAUGUUGGAAAAGCAGCUACAAAGUGAGGUUGAGCGUUGUGCCCAGUUAAAGGCCCAACUGUUAGAGUCUGAAGCUAAUGUCAGGAAGUUAAACGUGCARGUUGAAGAAUUAAAGCUGCAAGUGAAACAAACACAGGCAGCUCUGGAAAAUGAGGUGUAUCGGAACCCAAAGCCAUCACUUGUGGACCGCUCUGUCCUUGACUUCCUUGGUGACAGGAUCGUGCCCCACGACAUUUACGUGGAUGGGGCGUUGCUGAGGAAUCCGGGGCUGGCCGAUGUGGGGAAGGGCAGUGAURUGCCAGGGCCUGGCUAUCAUCGGCAGCAGCCGCAGCCUCGCAGCGCUUCCCCGGACUCGGACCUGGAGUGCAUCGCGCAAGCCCGGGCCAGGGUGAAGGAACUGGAAAAGGAGGCUGAGUACUUGGAAGAAGCCUACAGGAAUUACCAACACAGAGUCAUACAGAAUGCAGCUGUAAGCAGAACACCAAGGAAGAUGCAGUCCCCUUUAAUUCUGCAGUGUCCUCUUAGUAGAUACGCUUUGACUACCCAGCAUGAACUGCUGGGGGAUAAUCCCAGUGCCCCUCAUUCCCCUCUGAGCAGUCCAAGAGGUAAAGAACACAUCAAAAGGACUGGGCAGGUUGAUAUCUUUAAAAAUCCCGUAACGCCACCACACCGAGGAGCAUCUCCUUCAAGGCGCCUUUCUUCUACUCCCAUUUCCAAAUCAAAGGGAGACCUCAGUAACAACAAAAUUCCAGAUGACAUCAGGAGCUCAUCCCUUACCUCUUCACAGMGGAGUGUUGACCAGGUUCUUUCUCCUAUUUCAAAGCCACAUUUGCUUUCAUCUUCUGAGUCUGUUCCUUCCUCACCAUCCAGUCAUGGCCAGAAAAUCAGACUUCAGAGUCCACAAACAGAUAAACAAGAUUUCAGUGAUGAACACAAACCAGAGAAACUAAGGUAUGAGGAUCUUGAGGAACACAUUUWUCCUCUCAAAGAUGAGGGGGACAUACCAGAGGAGUGUGAAAGUGAUGUCUUGCAUCCAUCUGGGGACAUAGUCAAUGGAAACUGUGUCACAGCCCCUGUGCCAGCAACAGACACUUCRCUGCAGGACUUAACGGUGGUAGAUCAAAGGCAGAUUGAAGAACAGAACAGAGAAGUGGGGAAAAACUUAGAAGAAGAAAGGAAAGCAAGAGAAGAAAGAAGAGAGAAAGAACAGGAAGCUUUGGAAAGCGAGCAGAAAGAAGUGGAAAAGCUUAACAAAGAGUAUGUCCAAGACUCGACGAAAACAGAUGAGGAAAUAGAAGAUAAAGAGGGAGUAAAAUCUGAGCAUAGUAACUCCGGUGCUGAAAACAAUGUAAAGGAUCCUCCUUCAAAUCCAUUAGAAAAAUACAUGAGGCUAAUUCAGCAGAGCCGAGAGCAGGAACUGGCAAACAAGGAUUCAAAAAAAGAAGAAAUAAGAGAAGGAUCACUUUCAGAAGGACUUCUAUCUACUGAAAAGGAUGAUAGUGUUGCAGACAUUUCUCAUGGAGAUGUGGAUGAAAGCUUCUGGUGAACAAUAGCUACUGAUUUUUCAAUUUUUAUUAUUAUAAGAAUUAUGUUUUAAAAGUAGCUUUCUGCCUGUAAUAAAUGCUCAGCACCAACAUUGCAGGCUGUGUAAUUAUAAAUUAAUAAAGCUGAUUUUGAGCCGUUUCA